CAGGGACAGGGAGCAAAGCAGCAGAGAUGGAGCUGUACCAGGUGCCCGCAGGCUCGCUGGAUGCCUGGAUUGCAGAGCAUCUCCAGCCCAGUGAGGAAUUCCAGCAGCAGGUGAAAGACACUGUCCGGAGGAUCUGUGAUUUCCUGAAGGAGACGUGCUUUGAUGACAUCAAGGUGUUCAAGACGGUGAAGGGCGGUUCCGCAGGGAAGGGGACAGCCCUGAAGAACAACUCGGAUGCGGAUCUGGUCCUUUUCCUCAGCUGCUUCUCCAGCUACCGGGACCAGAUGGAGAACCGUGCGGCUGUACUCAACACCAUCGAGCAGAAGCUGAACCGGUGCCGACAGACCAUCGCCUUCAGCGUUGACGUGGAGGUUUCCCAGCCGAAGGAGAAGGGCACCUGCCCGCGCUCGCUCUCCAUCACCAUCCAGUCGAAGAGGCGGAGUGAAUCCAUUGAGGUGGACGUGCUCCCGGCCUACGAUGCCUUAGGGCAGGUGACUCCUGGCAGCAAACCUUCCCCCCAGGUCUACGAGGAUCUGAUUCGGGCCAGAGCCGGGCCCGGUGAGUUCUGCACCUCCUUCACUGAGCUGCAGAGGGACUUCGUGAAGCGUCGCCCGGCCAAGCUCAAGAACCUGCUGCGGCUGGUCAAGCACUGGUACAAAGAGCUUUCCAAGACAACAACGGGCUUGCCGACCAAGUAUGCCCUGGAGCUGCUGACCAUCUACGCCUGGGAGAGUGGCACCGAGAGGGCAGAGAAGUUCAGCACGGCUGAGGGGUUCCGCACGGUGAUGGAGCUGCUGUGCCAGUACCAAGAACUCCGCGUCUACUGGACCGAGUUCUACGAUCUCCAGUCCUCCGUGAUAGGGCCCCAUGUCAAACGGCUGCUGCGGGAGCCAUGCCCUGUGAUCCUGGAUCCAGCCGACCCGACAGGAACCUUGGGGCAGGGAAAGAGCUGGGACCUGCUGGCGAGAGAAGCCGCCAAGUGCCGGGACCAGCUGUGCUGUAGGAACGGCCUCGCCCCCAUCCGCUGCUGGGACGUGCAGCCAGCCAGACCCAUGCAGGUGAUGGUGAAGCAGCUGUCAGGGGUCAGCCUGGCCCUGCGCCUGAGCCCCUCCACUACCACAUGGGAGAUUAAGGAGGAGCUCGAGCGUGCAUGGGGCAUCUCUCCUUACACGCAGCGCCUGGCCCUGCAGGAGCCUGGCCUGGAAAACCAGCUGCUGCUGGACGAUCAGACCCUGGCAUCACACAGCGUCUUCUACGACACCACGGUUCUAAUGCUCACGACCGAGCCCCAGGAGAUGGAGAUCUUUGUGAAGGACCAUAACAGCAGAACCAUCACCUAUGAUGUCCGCGCCAGUGACACCGUCCUGGGCCUGAAGAAGAAGAUCGAGGGUCGCACGGGUGUCUCCGCCAGCCAACAGCGCCUGACGUUCAACAGCAAAGAGCUGCAAGACGACUACACGCUCGCCCAUUACAGGAUCCGGAGCAAGAGCACGGUCUCCCUGCUUUUGCGCCUCAGGGGUGGGUAAGAUGCUCACUGGGACCUGCACUCUGGCAGAGAGAGCAUCACAGUGGACUAUGUUUCCCAAGAUUCUUUGCAUGAUAAUUCAGGACUUUGCUAAUGCCCCCCACGUUCCAGAAUCAGCACCACGUCCUUCUGUAGUGCCAGCCCAUCCCCACACCUCCUGCUGCAGCUCCUGGGAGCUCUUUCCUGCCGCUCUGUGGCCCGUUUCGGGAUGUACUGCCCCCAGUGCAGAGCUGGGUGCUGGGCGCCCACCAGACAUUGUUCAUUAUCCCCGUUGUUGUAGUCCCCUUCCUCCUCCAUGUCCUGACUCCACUGCUGUAUGUCACCAUCUCCAUUAUUAUGUCGUUCCAAAUCCCGACCAGUGUGUGCUGCUUGGAAUUCGAAAUAAACUGCUUUACGCUUAUCCCAGCUCCUGGGUGUUAUGUCCAUGGGAUGUGGGUCCCACCUGCCCUGUGCGUACAGCCGGGGGUCAUGGAUUCAGAGAUUCAUUUACUGAUCUCAUCUAGUCUGACCUGUGUCACACAGGCCGGAGACCUGCCCCACAUUAAUUCUUCCAGCAGCAGUGCUAUGACUGGGUCGUGGACCCCCUCAUCCGAUCCGGCUACAGCAAACUUGGCUGAGUUGUCUCCCCCAGCAGCUUUGUUCAACACACAGCCCCGCCGGCUUCCUCAGCGGGGCAGUGCAUUGUUGGAGAAUCUGGGCCACACUCCCAUAGUGCCUCAGUGGAGACAGCGUACCUGGCAGAUGGGGACACACAGCAGCACCAGCAGCAUGUGGGCCAGUGCACGCUGGGAUAUCUGUGGCACAGGGAGCUGGGAGUGUCAUGGACAUGGUUAUGGGGGGAGGCUCAUUUACACGCCUGGCUGAGCUGUAAUCAACCUGCUGACAUGUUCCACCUCUAGGCUGAGCUGGAAAAGCACAAUCCAGGAGGAGUAAUGUCCUGUAUCAAUCCAGGAGGGGGCACUGUAUGGAGGGCAUGGGGUGUGGGCUCAGUGAGGGAACCAGAGGGCUGGGACUGUGCCCAAGAUAAGAGGGACUCUGGCCCAGCCCAUUGCAGCCAGCACAGAGGUCUGAAAGAGGGAUUUUUACACCAUGUUUCAGCUCAGCCAGCCUGUGGGACAGCCAAGGCCGCAGGACGCCCAGACCCAGAUGAUGUGGGACAGGCCAGGCCAUUAAUGUUUCUAGGACCAGGGCUGCAUUCCCUUUGGUGGGAAAGCCCAUCAGCCAUUGGGGCAGUGACUUGUUGCCUCCUAGCCCAGAGA